GCAGAGGAAAUGGAUGGAGCCAACGACUCUGUGGUGUCUGAGUUUGUGUUCCUGGGACUCUCCAAUUCAUGGGGAAUCCAGCUUCUUCUUUUCCUCUUUUCCUCUGUGUUCUACACAGCAAGCCUGAUGGGAAACCUCCUCAUUGUGUUCUCUGUGAGGGCUGACCCUCACUUGCACUCCCCCAUGUACUUCCUGCUGGCCAACCUCUCCUUCCUUGACCUGGGGGUUUGCUCUAUUGCAGCUCCCAAAAUGAUUUAUGAUCUGUUCAGGAAACACAAAGCCAUCUCUUUUGGGGGCUGUAUAACUCAGAUCUUCUUUAUUCAUGCUUUUGGGGGCACAGAAAUGGUGCUGCUCAUCGCCAUGGCCUUUGACAGAUACAUUGCCAUAUGUAAGCCUCUCCACUACCUGACCAUCAUGAGCCUGAGAGUGUGCAUUUUGAUUUUGGCUGCAGCCUGGGUCCUUGGCCUCAUCCACUCAGCGGCCCAAUUGGCUUUUGUUGUAGACUUGCCCUUCUGUGGUCCUAAUGUAUUGGACAGCUUUUAUUGUGACCUCCCUCAACUCAUUAAACUUGCUUGCACAGAGACCAAUAGACUGGAGCUCAUGGUCACAGCCAACAGUGGACUCAUCUCCGUGGGCUCCUUCUUCAUUCUGAUUAUUUCUUACAUCUUCAUUCUGGGCACAGUUUGGAAACACUCCUCAGGUGGUUUAUCCAAGGCCCUCUCCACUUUGUCAGCUCACGUCACUGUGGUGGUUUUAUUCUUUGGACCAUUGAUCUUCUUCUACACCUGGCCCUUCCCCUCAUCGCACUUGGACAAGUUUUUUGCUAUCUUUGAUGCAGUCCUCACUCCUUUUCUGAAUCCAGUCAUCUAUACAUUCAGGAACAAGGAGAUGAAGGCAGCAAUGAAGAAACUCUGCCAUCAGUUUGUGAGUUACAGGAAGAUAUCCUAA